CUACAAUGUCUGAUGUCUAGGAGAAGUGUCAUCGAUUAGGGUUCACGGACGAGUAACUCGAAUCUCGGAUGCAGCAGAACGGUACCCAAUGAUCCCGAUGCUUCCCCGCAGUGCUCUUCGUAUCCCGAUCCCAAACAAUGCAGCCCAUGCAUCAUCACCACCUACUUAACUCCGUAUAAAAGUGUAGCCAUCGACUCCAUACAUCAUUUACACCUGUAUAACUCCAACCACUCCCUCCAACUAAACAACAACACCCAUAACCAACCACAGAACCAUAACCCCUGGGAAAAUGCGCAUCCUCAUAGCCCCCGCCUCCCCGCAAACCGCCCAAGCAACCAUCACCGCCCUCCUCGCCCACCCAGACACCAACUACAUCCGCGGCCUGUACCGCAACUUCCACCGCGUGCCCCCAGCCCUCCAGAACCACCCGCACUUCGACCCCUACCCGGGCGACCUGACCGUGCCCGCGACGCUGAAUUUCCACGGCUUCGACACCGUCUUCUUCGUGCUGCCGCCGUGCCUGGACGGCCGCACGCCGCUCGACGAGUGGGCCACGACCGUGUCCACGAACAUCCGGCUGGCGAUCCAGCGCUCCGGCACCGUGCGGCGGCUGGUGCUGCUGUCGAGCUUGGGGGCGGAGGUCGGGGCGGGCACGGGCGAAAUCAUGACGAACCACAUCUCGGAGGUGAUCCUGCGCGACGCCGCGGCCGAGGUGACGAUCAUGCGGUGCGCGUACUUCAUGGAGAACUGGGCGACGGCGGUGCAGGAGGUGCGGCACAAGGACCAUCCGUUUCUGGAGACGGUGAUCACGCCGGUGGAGUUUGAGGUGCCCAUGGUCGCGGUCAAAGACAUCGGCUACCACAGCGCGAAAUGCAUUCUGUCCACCGAGACGGACCGGGCAGGAUCAUCGCCGUAUGUGUUCGAGCUGCACGGGCCGCGCGAAUAUUCGUCCGUCGAUGUGCAGCGGGCAUUCGCCAAGGUGCUGGGCCGCGAGGUGGAGCUGCGCCCCGUCGCGAAGGAGGAUCUGACGGAGUACUUCGGGCGGUUCUUGCCGGAGACUGCCGUCGGGCCGUUUGUGGAGAUGACGCUGAGUUUCCUGCCGGGGGGCGUGAUGCAUAAGCAGUAUGAGCAGAGACACGAUGUUCGGGUGGUGCGGGGGGCGGUCGAGCUGGAGGAGGUCGUUGCGGCGCUGUUGGGCGAGGAGGGGAGGAAGUAUUUUGAUGAUGUGCGGUUGUAGGGUUUUGACGGUGGCGGAAAAUGGCUGGCGUAUGGUUUGAUGGUUGUUUUGUGAUGAUUUAUGCUGGACUUGCGUUUCUGAGACUGGGCGAGGAGAUGAGUUUGUCUGAGUGCUAUACUGUACUGUACUUAUUUCCGUGGCGCGAUUGACCUACCCCUUUCCUUGCUUUGGUUCUUAUGCUCUGUCUGUCCCUGUAGUAUAUCUGCUGGCUAGUCGUGGGAUCAGAGUCGGAAUGCUUCUCAUUCAGAGCUAGAGCACGGAAUCUUGAUGUCUUGUUGUUUUCU